AUGCGACAACCCGCGGUUCGGCUGCUGUGGCUGGGCCGGGUGCAGUACGGCGAGCUCCUGGCGCUGCAGGAGCGCUGGCUGCGCCGGCUGCAGGCCGAGCCAGGCCCCGACGCCCCGUCGGCGACCGAGGCGGGCGCGCUCCUGCUCUGCGAGCCCGCGGGGCCUGUGUACACGGCCGGGCUGCGCGGAGGUUUGACGCCCGAGGACACUGCGCGUCUGCGAGCCCUGGGCGCCGAGGUGCGCGCCACAGGCCGCGGCGGCCUAGCCACCUUCCACGGCCCCGGCCAGCUGCUGUGCCACCCAGUGCUGGACCUGCGACGCCUCGGCCUGCGCCUGCGCAUCCAUGUGGCGGCGCUGGAGGCGUGCGCAGUGCGCCUGUGCGAGCUGCAGGGCUUGCGGGGCGCGCGUGCACGGCCCCCGCCCUACACGGGCGUCUGGCUCGGGGAGCGCAAGAUCUGCGCCAUCGGUGUCCGCUGUGGAAGGCACAUCACAUCCCAUGGGCUGGCACUGAACUGCGCUACUGACCUCACGUGGUUUGAGCACAUUGUGCCGUGUGGACUGGAGGGGACAGGUGUCACUUCGCUGAGUCAAGAGCUGCAGAGGCACGUCUCUGUGGAAGAGGCGAUGCCGCCCUUCCUCGUGGCCUUUCAAGAAACCUACAAGUGCACAUUGAUCUCCAAGGACAGCCCCAUCUGAUGGACGUUCAUGCGACCCGCAGCCAGGGCGGCCUUGCCUUGGAAAGCACCACUGUCUGACUUGAGAACCUGGCACCCAGGUUGGAGGCCAAUGCAGUUCCUGAAUGACAGACUGAAGUGCCACCAGAAGCUCUAAGCGGUUGUUGCCAUGUGUAUUAUGGUUUGUUCAUAGCUUCCUUUGCCUCCUUUGCCUACCUCAGAGAUAACAGAUGUGAAAACGCUAUGAAAAGCCUCCACAACUAUAAGAAAUAGUGCUAUGGACACCAGCCUCUCAGUUAAGAGAAACAGAUGUCACGGAUGGUCAAUUAUCAGUUAUUUGUUCCUUCCUUAAAACCAUCUCUAAUCGGGUGUUUCUGGCUUUGAUUUUUGUGGGGUUCGGGUCUCCGGUUGGUCCAGGUGAAGAUGCCCAGUAAGAUGUAGUGCUUUUUUAUUCUCAAGAGAUCUGGAUGCCUUUUGCAGUAAAGGGAAGGUAGAGAUUUUGACCUCCUGGCUUGGAAUCCCCACUUUUGGUCAUUUAACUCCUUUCUUUCCUGAUACACUUGAACUGGACCGAAGGCAGGGAGAAACACCAGAGUCAUUUCUCCCAUUGUCCACAUGCAAGACAGAAUUGAGUGUUCACAGUUAUGUAAUUCUGCCUAACAAAUCACUAAAUCCUAGAGAUUCAA